AUGAAUAUUCUACAUCAACAACAACAGGUGCCUCUUCCUCCAAUGGAUGAGCGGAAGAAGGUGGUUGAAGAUGUUGACAAAGAUAGACGCUAUGCGAUUGAUGCAGCUGUCGUGCGGAUCAUGAAGAGCAGGAAAGUGUUGCCCCAUCAACAGUUGGUCUCUGAAUGUGUUGAGCUUCUUAGCAAAAUGUUCAAGCCUGAUAUAAAGAUGAUCAAGAAACGGAUUGAGGAUUUGAUCAGCCGAGACUAUUUGGAGCGUGAUACCGACAAUCCUAACACUUUCAAGUACUUGGCUUAG